ACACUGGAAAGAAAGAAAAAAGAGAGAAAUUACGACGUCUGCAGGGCGAAAAUACACAAAAUACUAAGUGAAUAUGAUUGUUGUUGAGUAAAAACAGCGCAUAACGAACACGGCCAGUGGCAGCAACAACAAGGAAACUGUUAAAUUGCUUAAAUUAAAGCUGGAAGGCGAUAAAGCGGCUAAGCUCCAACAACAGCAGCAGCAGUAAAAGCAGCACAGCAACAAAAGCAACAACAACACCAGCAGCGCAGCAGUAAAAAGUGCCAGUGUGUGUGGGUUGUUUCGUAUGUGUAUGUGUGUUCGUGGAAAUUGAGCCAGGAGGUGGAACAAGGACAGGAAUAGUCACACAGGAACAGGAACCAGAGGAACGCCAACGCCAACGCGAACGCAAACGAAACGAAACGGGAACGGUGAGAGAGAGAAAGAGAGUGUGUGUGUGCAAGGGAGUGUGAGAAGGUGAGAGAGAGGAUUCGGAGUAGCAGAACGCAGUCAAGUGGAGAGAGCUCCAAUCCAGAGGAGCAGCUCCAACUCCAACUCCAGCAUCAGCAUCAGCCAUGUCUUCGAAUAAUCAAUCAAGCGACAGCCAAGUGGCAACAAGUGCCAGCCAGCAGCGAGCCAGCAACGCCUCCACCGCUGACGCCACAGACGCCAACAGCUCCUCCGUCGCCGCCGCUGGUGACGUUGGCUCUUCCACUGCUGCUGGCAAUGCCGCCGCUGCCACUUCCUCCUCCUCCUCCCAGGCCAGUGCCAACGCCAACGCUGACGCCAACGCCAACGCGAGCAACUCAAACGCCGCGGACCACGAUGGUAGCCCCACAAAGCAGGGCAAACCCCAUGGCGGCCAUACGGCGGUCAACACCAAAGAGCGUGUGGUGGAUAGCGUUCCCUUCCCACCCAGCCACAAGUUGACGCUGGCCGAGGUCUUCGAUCCGCGCACGGGCAAACCGAAUCAUGACGUCCUGAAGCAGCACUUCGUGCUGGAGGGCCGCAUCGAGGAGGCGCCCGCCCUCAAGAUCAUCCAGGACGGGGCAGCGCUGCUGCGCCAGGAGAAGACCAUGAUCGACAUCGAGGCGCCGGUGACGGUCUGUGGGGACAUACACGGCCAGUUCUACGAUCUCAUGAAGCUGUUCGAGAUCGGCGGCUCGCCGGCCACCACAAAGUAUCUCUUCCUGGGCGACUACGUGGACCGAGGCUACUUCAGCAUCGAGUGCGUGCUGUAUCUGUGGUCGCUGAAGAUCACCUAUCCGCAGACGCUGUUCCUGCUGCGCGGCAACCACGAGUGCCGGCACCUGACCGAGUACUUCACCUUCAAGCAGGAGUGCAAGAUCAAGUACUCGGAGCGCGUUUACGACGCGUGCAUGGACGCGUUCGACUGCCUGCCGCUGGCGGCGCUCAUGAACCAGCAGUUCCUGUGCGUGCACGGCGGCCUGUCGCCGGAGAUACACGAGCUGGAGGAUAUACGGCGGCUCGACCGCUUCAAGGAGCCACCCGCCUUUGGCCCCAUGUGCGACCUGCUGUGGUCCGAUCCGCUGGAGGACUUUGGCAACGAGAAGAACUCGGACUUCUACACGCACAACUCGGUGCGCGGCUGUUCGUACUUCUACAGCUAUGCCGCCUGCUGCGACUUCCUGCAGAACAACAAUCUGCUGUCGAUCAUCCGGGCGCACGAGGCGCAGGACGCCGGCUACCGCAUGUACCGCAAGAGCCAGACCACCGGUUUCCCCUCGCUGAUCACCAUCUUCUCGGCGCCCAACUAUCUCGAUGUGUACAACAACAAGGCGGCUGUGCUGAAGUACGAGAACAACGUGAUGAACAUCAGGCAGUUCAACUGCUCGCCGCACCCCUACUGGCUUCCCAACUUCAUGGACGUGUUCACCUGGUCGCUGCCCUUCGUGGGCGAGAAGGUCACCGAGAUGCUGGUGAACGUGCUGAACAUCUGCUCCGACGACGAGCUCAUGACCGAGGAGAGCGAGGAGCGCGAGAGACUGCUGCUCCGCCGCCGCGCGUUCCUCCAGUAUGCGUUGUUCUAG